UGCACCAGCUCUGGGUCAGGAGAACAUGGCCUGUCAAUCUUUGAAGAACAUUUAAAGAUCCAUCUCCUCAAACUUCAGAUCUGAGCCUUUCUUUCUUCUGACAUAUGCAUUUCAGGGGCUUUAUCAUCAAAUUUUUAUUUAUAUUUGCGUGGCUUCCCAAUGUGUGUAUUUAUUUUAUUUUUUUUUAAUGAUGGUGUCGAACUGACCAACUUUCCAUGUAUUUUAUUUUAUGCUUUCAGGAAGUGACACUGGGAUUGGACAUGCCCUGGCUAAGUACCUGGACAGCUUGGGCUUUGUUGUGUUUGCUGGGGUUCUGGACAAGGAUGGCCCUGGGGCUGAGGAGCUGCGGCGCAGCUGCUCCCACAGGCUCUGUGUCCUGCAGCUGGAUGUCACCAGCACCACUCAGGUCCAGGAGGCCUUCCUGACAGUCUCAGAGAAGCUGCAAAAUGCAGGGCUCUGGGGUGUUGUGAACAAUGCUGGAAUCCUGGGCUUCCCUGCUGAUGGGGAGCUGCUCCCCAUGAGCACCUACAGGCACUGCAUGGAGGUGAAUUUCUUUGGGGCUGUGCAGGUGUCCAAGACCUUCCUGCCACUGCUCAGGAAAUCCCAGGGGAGGCUGGUGAACAUGUCCAGCAUGGCAGGAGGCAUUCCACUACCCAGGUAUGCUGCAUAUGGGGCAUCCAAAGCAGCUCUGUCCAUGUUCUCUGGAGUGAUGAGGCAAGAGCUUUCCAAAUGGGGCAUUAAAGUCAUGGCCAUUCAUCCAUCAGGCUUCAGAACAGGUAUCGAAGGCACAGCUGAGCAGUGGGAUCAGCAGGAGAAGGAGCUGCUGGAAAACCUCCCAGCAGACACCAGGCAGGCCUAUGGAGAGGAGUAUCUGCUGGGGCUGAGGAAUUACCUCCUGCACCUGCCCUCCCUCUGUGCCCCUGACCUGUCCCCCGUGCUGGGCUCUGUCCUGCAUGCUCUGCUGGCCAGGAGCCCCCAGGGGCUCUACACCCCUGGCAGGGGGGCUUACAUCCCCCUCUGCAUCUUCUGCUGCUUCCCCCUCUGGUUCUACGACUUCUUCAUCAGCAGGAUGCUGAGUGCUGCCUCUGUGCCCAGGGAGCUGAGAACAUCAGGAGAGGAAGGCAAGGACCUCUGAGGUGUCCACUGGUGUUUAUCUCACUGGAAGAACUCUGUACAGACACUGCUACUAAUUCUGUCUUUGUUAAGUUGCUUUGACUCUGCCUUGCAAAGAGGAAAAUCUUUCUGUUAAGAGUAAUGUUUGGGAAAAGCAGUGGAUAAACAAAAGUAGAAAGCUAUUCCCAGAUGGGGCAUUUUCAGUGUUUUCCUGUUGUCUUUGUAUCCUGCUUUCUGUGUAAGGUACCUCAUGAAAUUACAUAGUUCCUGUCUGCUUCUAAAGGCAUCACCAGCACAGAGAGAUGCAGAACGUGUUUUGUUGAAGCAAAACCAAAACCCCUUAAAUCUUGUAAGAAGUUAAAUAUAUUCCUAUUGUUGAAGAGACUUUGAGCUGUGUAAUGCAAGUCUCUUUCUCUACAGCUUCAGCCUAAUGUGUUGGGAUCUGCUGGUUUUGUUCUGCUGCUGUUGAAUUUGAGAAAUGAUUGUCCUCCCCCCACCCCCUCCCAAUUUUGUUAUGUACAGUUUUAAAGUUUGUAACAUGUUCUCUUUGCCAGAAUAAGCAAGAUAAAUUAGUUGUUGGGAGGGAGGGAAACAGAUCAAGGUCUUUAUGAAGACAUAAAUAAUUUCCUUCCUACAAGUAAUAAAAAUAGUUAUAGUGGGUGUAUCAGCUGCUAACUUGAUCUGUCUGGGUCAUUCUGUGUAUUGCCUGUAUAUUCCUGUGCUUAUCUAAUUAUUAGUAAACUCUGAUGUCACUUCUGCUUUUUGUACAAUUUCUUACUCAAGUCUGGGUUUACAAAGAAUUAAUUUUUUUGCCCACUUCUCCUGAUACCUUCUUGUGUCUCCCUCUGCUCUGGGGAGAGUUUGUGCUCACCUAAGAUCAGUCAAUCUUCAUGUGGCUUUGCUGGAGUCCAGUGUCCAAAUUCUGAUAGAUGGGGGUUGCUUCCCUUCCCUAAUUCCACACCAGGUGCCCUCCCUGGUGCCCCAUACCAUAAACCCCUUGCCAAACCCCCAGUGCUUGGAUAACUCACCUGUAUUUUUCCUACCUUACUCCCUUUCUGCAUUGUCUGUCACAUCCUUGGGCUUUGAAAGGCUGUGAUAUUUUGAAAGAAAUCCUCACCCCCUGAGUCCCAUGGUUUGGCCACAUGUCCUGUCUUUGACAAGAUGCAUUUCUUUUCUGGUGAUGAAAAACUAGAACUGAUCCCAUCCUGAGCUUUAAAUGUAGACAUAUUUUUUCCUUUCCUUUCUCAACAACUCCCAACUCUUCUGUCAUAAUCCUACUUGUGUGAUGUGCUCUUGCACUCAACUGGACAAAAUCACUAUUUAAUUUGUAACUCUGGUACUUAUUCUAUCACUGUCCUGUGUCUGUUACAUCAAUGCAAGACUCCUGUAAAUUCACAGAGGAUGCUCAGAGGGCUGGGGCCAGUGGGGGAACCCUCCUGUCCUGUACAUUUUGUCACAAUAGCUGCUUUUGCUGCUGAGGUUUAUCACCUGUGGGUUUGUGUCAGUGCCCUGGUUGCAGACUUUUGCUUUCCUUGCAGGAAAUGUACCCAAUGUUUUGAACUCAGGAAAUCUGAGACUAUUUCUCUCUCUCUCUGCCCCCCAGUUUCUUCCUUUAUCUAUUUCCCUAAUUUUUUGAUGUGUCAGAAAAAAGUGUGUAAUAAAAGAAUAUAAUAUUUAGUAACCAGAUGGUUGUG